AUGGAGGUCUUCUGCAUUAGCUGCAUAAAAUACCUGAUGUUCAUCUUCAAUGUCUUUAUAAGUUUUGGCGGAAUGAUUCUUCUCGGGGGAGGAAUCUGGGCCAUGGUCGAUCGUUCGGGAUUCAAGGAAAUCGUGGCUGCCCACGACCUUCUGCACACGGCCGCCUACAUAAUUAUCACCGUGGGGUCUGUGCUGUUUAUAGUGGGAUUCAUGGGCUGUUUUGGAGCCAUCCGGGAAAACCGACCCAUUCUCAUGAUUUUCUUCGUCCUCAUCCUGAUGAUCUUCUUGAUGGAGUUCAUCUGUGGAAUCCUCGCGUUCAUCUUCAGAAAGCAUCUGAACGAGAAAUACUUUUUAGAUGAAUUGAAGGAUUUGUACCAAGGAGACAACCACACAGAGGUCUUCACAACCACGUGGAACAGCAUCAUGAUCACAUUUUCGUGCUGUGGGGUGACAGGAAUGGAUGACUUUAAGGAGGCGGUGAAAUUCAAUGCUCUCUUCCCCGGGUUCGUGGUGCCGGAGGCUUGCUGCAGGAGGGACAUCUACUCCUUCAAAGGGAAAAUCAAUGACCCACAAUUGUGCAUCAAAGGCAAAAGGCACUUCAUCAAUUUUGAGGGCUGUUACAACAAAAUCGUGGAUUACAUGAAGGAAUACAUGUACCUGACUUUAUCAUUAGUUGUUGUGGUGAUGCUGAUCGAGAUGCUCGCAAUGAUCUUCUCAUUAGUAUUAUACCGAGACUUUAGAUAUUAG